UCCUGAAUUGUUCAAACAUACAAACACGUACACUGGUGGGGGAGUCUCACCACAGACCACCGCCCUGACGUCACUGCCAGGAGCUGUCCACUCGGCGGUGGUGCUGAAGCUGAACAAGAUGGCUGAGUGCUGGGGAGCGGAGAGCUGAGAGAGAGAAGGUGGUCGGCGGAAAAGUCUCAGAUUUGGACAGACGCGCCACUCAAAGGAGGACAGACGGGUUCACCACUCCGGAGCUCGGCCUGACACAGCGAAGAGUUGAUUUACCGAACAGCGGAACGAGCCCCGCCAGGCCCCGGCUCUGCUGCCGACGGCAGGCUUCUCCCCACCCGCAGCACCGCGACCCUCUCCCCGGCUGCGCUGCCGCACAGAUUAGCUCAGUGAAGGAAGCUGGUGAAGAAGCUGGACCCGGGGCCAAAGGCGCUCAUAAGAAAUGUCAUUGCUGUGUGUUGGAGUGAAGAAAGCGAAGCUUGAUGGACCCCAAGAGAAAUUUAACACAUACGUGACCCUGAAGGUGCAGAAUGUUAAGAGCACCACCAUCGCUGUGCGCGGCAGUCAGCCGUGCUGGGAGCAGGACUUCAUGUUUGAAAUAAACCGCCUGGAUCUGGGCCUCACAGUUGAGGUGUGGAAUAAAGGGCUGAUCUGGGACACCAUGGUGGGCACCGUAUGGAUCCCCCUGCACAGCAUACGGCAGUCCAAUGAGGAGGGUCCAGGUCAGUGGCUGACGCUGGACUCCAACGUGAUCAUGGCUGAGAAUGAGAUCUGUGGAACCAAAGACCCGACCUUUCACAGGCUGCUGCUCGACAUCCGCUUUGAACUGCCACUCGACAUUCCGGAGGAGGAGGCCAGAUACUGGGCUAAGAAACUUGAACAACUAAACGCCAUGAGAGAUCAAGAUUAUGCCUAUCAGGAGGAGCAGGAGCGGCCGCUGCACGCACCGACCACACAGUGCUGUAAUUGGAGUCUGUGGGGAGAGCAGCAAAACGAGGACCCCGACAGCGCCGUGGACGACAGGGACAGCGACUACCGCAGCGAGACCAGUAACAGCAUCCCACCUCCGUUCUACACGACCUCUCAGCCCAACGCGUCCAUGCACCAGUAUCCCAUGAGGAACCCGCAGUUAAGACACUCCUACAAUGACGAUAUCCACGAGUUGGACUAUGACCACCGAGCCAUGAGUCCCACGGACAGUCGUUACGCCUCAUCAGGCGAGUUGAGUCGAGGCAGCUCGCAGCUCAGCGAGGGGUUUGUUCCCGAGGACGGCGGGAGCUUGCGAGGUUCGGAGUUCUACGAUGAAAACGACUCCUACCAUUCCUGCCACUCCUCAGUCAGCGGCGGCAAAGAGGAUUCCCCGGGCUGGGAGGGUGAAGAUCCCCAGGCCAUCUACAGCGACGAUGGAGCCUACCUCAAAGACGGAGGGGAGGAGGGGGCACUGUAUGAUGAAGAUGAGGGAGACAUGUACGGGGAGGAAGGAGAGUACACCUACGAAGAUGAGGAGGACAUGCCUUAUGAGGAGGAUGAAGAUAUGUAUCAGCUUGACGGCACACUCAGUGAAUCCCAGGAACCGCCCUACACCCCCACACCCACAAGCACUGACCCCGCCCUGAUGCCGCCCUCUGAUGGUCAGUCCUCCACCCGGCCGCCGCUGGAGAAGCAGGCGUCAUUACGACAGCAGCAGCAGCCGGCCCACGAUCAGAUCCAGCCUCCGAUCACAGCUCCUGGUCUACCUCCGGCCUCAGAGGACGACAUGCUGCCACCUUUCACUUCAGACUCGACUAAAACUCCCUUUGCAUUCCCAGCGCCAGAUAUGUCCACCACCACAUCCACACCCACUCCUGCAACCACUAUACAGGUUCCAGUCCCAGACUCCAUACCCCUGGAACCCGAACACAAACCUGAGUCAGCACUGGGGGAACCGAAACCUUUCGAGCUGCUUCCAGCAGCAGAAGCCAUCUCUCCAGCUCCUGUGGAGAAAACAGAGGAGCCUCCUGUUCCAAGUUUCCCCAGAAGAGAAAUCAUGGAGCCUGGUACUGCCAGAGCCAAAGCCAACUGGCUUCGACUUUUCAGCAGAGUGCGAUUACAGCUGCAAGAGGCCCGAGGAGAAAAUGUUGGCAUCGCCCGCCUGCUGCUAUCAGCAGGGAUGGGCGGCGCUCUGUACAGCAUCGACAGCAUGCCAGACCUCAGGAAGAGGAAAGCUAUGCCUCUGGUCAGAGAUCUGUCUUUGGUUCAGAACUCCAGGAAAGCAGGUAUCACCUCGGCCCUGACGUCCAGCACCCUCCAUAAUGAAGAACUGAAGAGUCAUGUCUAUAAGAAGACUCUUCAGGCCCUCAUAUAUCCCAUCUCCUGCACCACCCCACAUAAUUUUGAGGUGUGGACCGCCACCACUCCGACUUACUGCUACGAGUGCGAGGGGCUGCUGUGGGGUAUCGCUCGCCAGGGCAUGCGCUGUACCGAGUGUGGAGUCAAGUGUCACGAAAAGUGCCAAGAUCUACUCAACGCCGACUGUCUGCAAAGGGCGGCGGAGAAGAGCUCCAAACACGGUGCAGAGGACCGAACCCAGAACAUCAUCAUGGUCCUGAAGGACCGCAUGAAGAUCCGUGAGAGGAACAAACCAGAGAUCUUUGAACUCAUUCAGGAAGUGUUCACCAUUCUCAAGGCCACCCACGUCACCCAGAUGAAGCAGAUCAAACAGAGCGUGCUCGAUGGCACCUCCAAAUGGUCGGCCAAGAUCUGCAUCACAGUGUUGUGUGCUCAGGGUCUUCAAGCCAAGGAUAAAACUGGCUCCAGUGAUCCUUAUGUCACUGUCCAGGUGGGAAAGACCAAAAAGAGGACCAAGACCAUCUACGGAAACCUCAACCCCGUCUGGGAGGAGACAUUCAAUUUCGAGUGUCACAACUCCUCAGAUCGGAUCAAGGUGCGCGUGUGGGAUGAGGACGACGACAUCAAGUCCCGUGUGAAGCAGAAGUUCAAGCGAGAGUCUGAUGACUUCCUCGGUCAAACCAUCAUCGAGGUCCGAACCCUGAGCGGAGAGAUGGAUGUCUGGUACAAUCUCGACAAGCGUACAGACAAAUCCGCUGUAUCUGGAGCCAUCCGCAUGCACAUUAAUGUAGAAAUCAAAGGAGAGGAGACGGUCGCCCCGUAUCACGUUCAGUACACCUGUUUGCAUGAAAACCUCUUCCACUAUAUGACAGACCUGCAGAACAACGGCGUGGUGAAGAUCCCUGAUGCCAAAGGGGAUGAUGCAUGGAAAGUUUACUUCGAGGAGACGCCCCAGGAGAUCGUAGAUGAGUUCGCCAUGCGCUACGGAGUGGAGUCCAUCUACCAGGCCAUGACCCACUUUGCCUGUCUGUCGUCCAAGUACAUGUGCCCAGGUGUGCCUGCAGUAAUGAGCACACUGCUGGCUAACAUCAAUGCCUACUAUGCCCAUACCACCCAGGCAACUAACAACGUCUCUGCCUCUGACCGCUUUGCUGCUUCUAACUUCGGGAAAGAGCGAUUUGUCAAGCUUCUAGAUCAGCUGCACAACUCUCUGAGGAUCGACCUGUCCAUGUACAGAAAUAACUUCCCAGCCAGCAGUCCUGAGAGGCUGCAGGAUCUCAAGUCCACAGUGGACCUCCUCACCAGUAUCACCUUCUUCAGAAUGAAGGUCCAAGAACUCCAGUCUCCGCCCAGAGCCAGUCAAGUAGUCAAGGACUGUGUCAAAGCUUGUCUCAACUCCACCUAUGAGUACAUCUUUAACAACUGUCAUGAGCUCUACAGCCGCGAGUAUCAGACAGACCCGGCGAAGCAGGGCGCCGUGCCUCCAGAGGAGCAGGGACCGAGCAUCAAGAACCUGGAUUUCUGGUCCAAGCUCAUCACACUUAUUGUUUCCAUUAUCGAGGAGGACAAGAACUCCUACACCCCCUGCCUGAACCAAUUUCCCCAGGAGCUCAACGUGGGGAAAAUCAGUGCAGAAGUGAUGUGGAACCUGUUUGCUCAGGAUAUGAAAUAUGCAAUGGAGGAGCAUGAAAAAAAUCGACUGUGCAAGAGCGCAGAUUACAUGAACCUGCACUUCAAGGUCAAGUGGCUGUACAACGAGUACUGCAAAGACCUGCCCUUCUUCAAGAGCAGAGUGCCCGAGUAUCCUGCGUGGUUUGAGCCAUUUGUCAUCCAGUGGCUGGAUGAAAAUGAGGAAGUGUCUCGAGACUUUCUGCACGGUGCUCUGGAACGAGACAAAAAAGAUGGGUUCCAGGUCACAUCAGAACACGCUCUGUUCUCCUGCUCUGUGGUGGAUGUGUUUUCUCAGCUCAACCAGAGCUUUGAGAUAAUCAGGAAGCUGGAGUGUCCAGAUCCACAGAUUGUUGGACACUACAUGAAGAGAUUCGCCAAGACAAUCAGCAAUGUCCUACUGUCCUAUGCUGACAUAAUCUCCAAGUGUUUUGCCAACUAUGUCACCAUGGAGAAAGUGCCCUGCAUCCUGAUCAACAACAUCCAACAGCUGAGAGUUCAACUGGAGAAAAUGUUUGAAGCGAUGGGUGGAAAAGACUUGUGUGUGGAGGCCAGCGAUAUCCUGAAGGACCUGCAGGUUAAGCUCAACAAUGUUAUGGACGAUCUCAGCAGGAUCUUCUCUGUCAGUUUCCAGCCUCAUAUUGAGGAGAAUGUAAAGCAGAUGGGAGACAUCUUGGCCCAGGUGAAGGGAACUUCAAACGUAGGGAACGCCAGCAGCGUGGCGCAGGAUGCUGACAACGUCCUGCAGCCCAUCAUGGAGUUCCUGGACAGCAACCUGACUUUGUUUGCUAAGAUCUGUGAGAAGACUGUGCUGAAGCGUGUGUUGAAGGAGCUGUGGAAGCUGGUGAUGAACACCAUGGAGAAGACCAUCGUCCUGCCGCCGCUCACAGACCAAACGGGGAGGCUGAAGAAUGCUUCUCACAGUGAUGGCACUCAGCUCAUCUUUAACGCUGCCAAGGAGCUGGGACAGCUGUCCAAGCUGAAGGAGCACAUGGUUCGUGAGGAGGCCAAGGCGCUCUCACCCAAGCAGUGUGCGGUGAUAGAGCUGGCCCUCGACACCAUUAAGCAAUACUUCCAUGCUGGUGGUGUGGGUCUGAAGAAGACCUUCCUGGAGAAGAGUCCUGACCUCCUGUCUCUGCACUACGCCCUGUCCCUCUACACUCAGGCCACAGACAAACUUAUUAGGACCUUUGUCUCUUCACAGAACGCACAAGGCUCUGGGGUGGACGAUGCUGUGGGAGAGGUGUCCAUCCACGUGGAGAUCUUCACUCAUCCCAACACUGGAGAGCACAAGGUCACAGUGAAAGUCGUGGCUGCCAAUGACCUGAGGUGGCAGACGCAGGGAAUUUUCCGACCCUUCGUGGAGGUCUACAUCAUCGGCCCCCACCUCAGCGACAAGAAGAGGAAGUACGCCACAAAGUCAAAGAACAACAGCUGGGCUCCAAAAUACAACGAAACCUUCCCAUUCACCCUGAGCAGCGAGGUGGGUCCCGAGUGCUACGAGCUGCAGGUGUGUGUGAAGGACUACUGCUUCGCCCGAGAAGACCGCACCGUGGGAAUGGCCGUCUUGCAACUGAAAGACAUGGCCUCCAAGGGCAGCGUGGCCUGCUGGCUGCCGCUGGGUAAACGCAUCCACAUGGACGAGACGGGCCUCACCGUGCUGCGCAUCCUCUCCCAGCGCAACAACGACGACGUGGCCAAGGAGUUCGUCAAGCUCAAGUCCGACCAGCGCUCUCCAGAGGAGGGCCGCAGCUAAGACACAGAAAAAGAAAUUUAAAAAAAAAGACUGUUUGGAACCUGAAUCAGAUGUCGCUACCUACUGCCCUGGAGCUCUCUCGCGAGCCACUGCUAGCCACUGCCCUGAAGAUCCAGUGUUGUAAAAACACAGAUAAGGCAGUCACCACACACCCAGUGCUAAAUACAUUCAUUUCAGUGGGAAACACGUAGUGCUGAGCAAAGCAUCACUUUUAUUUUCUGCACACACAAAAAAAAAAAGCCCCAGUGUCUUCAUUGUCACAGAUAGCAAACAGCACAUACACUUUAAUCCUAGAGCAUAUAUAUACUUUCUAUCUAUAUAGGUGAGUCAUGCUGUUCCAUAACCAAUGGCAUGGCCACCCGCCCACACAUGCCCACUUCCUGUUCCUCUCCUCCCUCCCCGGCCUGCGCCCGCUCAGAGAAGGGAGAAGUGCCAAGAGAUAAACGCUGAAACAUCCCGAGACCAGCCCUAAGCACAAUGGGACCAACUGACCCAUUAACAACAACGACAAUGGCUGCACUGCCUCAAACAUUCCAGAUAUCAUGGAGGGGAACAAAGCACUAUUUAUUUUUGUUUACAGCUUUCUUCCUAGUUAUAUUCAUAUUUGAAUAUCACUAUAAAUAUAGAAUAUUAUAUGAAGGACCUAAUGUAUAGUAGUUAUAAGGGGAUAUUCAAUGGACGUGUGCCACUUGAGAAAUAGUCCUCGUCUGUCUUUCUGUCCAUCGACCCUCUAACAGAGCACACUGCCUGACACCCUCAAUGCCUUCUGUCCCGUUGACCCUCGUACAUAUGGUUUGUGCGUCAUCAAUACAGCGACUGUAUAGAGAGACGAAUCUGAUGAAAACACAUCUGCCGGCACUGUGAUUCAUCAGAGUGUGCGUGUGUGUGUGUGUGUGUGUGCGUCUGUGUGAACGUGUGAUCUGCGUUGGUAAUAUGUUCUAAUGUCGACCUCAUGUGUUGCCUGUUACCUGCAGAUGUUAUCAUCACAAAGCCAUCACAAACAAAGCGUGUCACACAGAGGAGGGGUUUCUUCACGUUCUGGCUGGAUUUUGACCAGAUUAUUUGACUUUAGGGGUUAUACAACUUGUGUCUUCUGAUGGUUGUUCCAUCUUCUUUGUGUAACUAUAAGCAUUCCACAACCAGACGGCCCAAACUGGGUGUGUGAGGGAUGGAGAACUCUACCAAAUCAAAAUCAGCACGUAAGCAGAUGAUAAAAACAAGCUCCCUGAGACCUUUUUUUUAGAAAACAGCAGCACCGGCGCCCCAGGGAGAGCACAAACCGUUAAUGAUCUCACUACCCAUCAUUCCCUAAUGAUUCCACCCCAGGUGCUGUAACCCUAUUCCCUGAUAAGGAGAAGUCCGACCUCUGCUAAAGGGCUGUAGAUCCACACCACACCUGGGUCUGGUACCUGCACUUAAAGAGGGCCUACAGUUCGGUCUGUGGCUCUAAUCAGUGGAGAGAGAAGCAUGGAGAUUUUAGAAGCACAAGGUCGUCGCCGCACCUAUUUCAACAUGUUUAUACUGAGCUUGUCCUUCAGUGAUUGUUUAUAAAUUUACAUCAGUGUCAUGUGGAAAUAAAUGUAGUGAAAUGGCCAUUGACUGUCCAGCAUGUCACUUCUAUUUUCAGUGAAUGCCCCAUGAACUGAUUUAGUUGCCUGUUUGGGGUUUACAUGCUUGUUGUGAUUUUAAAAACAGCAUCCGAAUGAGGAAAUGAUGAUCAGGGUCAACGAGUUAAAACCACAGGUUGUAUGUUUAGUUGUUCUCUUCCUGCCUCUUUGUUACAGCGCCCCUGACGAGGGCCUCUCCCACUUGACGAUAAAUGAAUCAUUUUAAAGACCCCCUUCUUUUUUGAACAAGGUGUAAGAACUGAACUCUAUGCAUUUGAAUCUAUAGUUAAAAUCUAUGUAGAUGAGUCAUUUAUGAAAAGCUCUUAUAAUGUUUACAUUGUGGAUUAUUAUUCAGAUUUUAUCAGCACAAGCGUUUGUCUGAUACGUUGUUAACGCCGUCUAUAUUGUAACAGGCCGGAUCACGCGGGUGUAUUCGAGCUGAUCAGAGCUGAGACUUGUUUGUACAGCAUCUCAGUGCAGAUUAGAAUAUUCUGGAACAGACAGAGAUUGAUGUUGGUGUUGGUGUUGCACAGUGUAAAUAGCUCAGAUGGCCCGGACACACGUCAGACUAUGUGAAGUGAAGUUUGAUGCUCUUUUGUAGAAUUUUACUCUGGGUGAAUGGGCAGUUGGGAAAUGAUGUGUGUGUGUGUGUGUGUGUGUGUGUGUGUGUGUGUGUGUGUGUGUGUGUGAGUGUGAGUGCUUGCUGGAUUGCGUGCGUGCGUGAGAGAAGGUGCCCAUUCAGGAAAUGUAGCUGUUAUUAAGAGUUAUAUUAAGAGUGCGUACACACAGGAUAUGAUGAUGAAACAAUAUGUACGAAUCUAACAAUGAGCUUGUUAAGCUGCUGCAAGAAGGAAGAAGUGAGGAACUGAAUCUAAAGAAUGUUGGUGUGUACAAAGUCUUUUCCUCGAAGGGAACAUCUGCACAUUCUUUUAAGAACUUUACAUAACAGGUAAACAACCGUCACAACGCAGUAAUUGCCACGAAAAUAAAUCUUUAUUUAUUGCUGUUGACAAUGAUAUUUUAGAGGAGGAGGUUUGGGUGUAACCAGGCUGGCAUGAGACACAGAGAUGUUAAUGGAGUAUAAAUGUAAAAGCACAACAAAAAGCACAGACACAAAGUCGACAGACAUGCAUGAUCUGUUCUGUU